UUCAGUUCGAGGUAGAUUAAAUUGUUAUCGUUGUGGCUUCCUUUCAGUCAUCUUUUGAGUUUUAUACAUUUUUUUAUUCAGUAUCAGUUCCUGUUAACUUCAGUGAUGGUUCGCACAUAAUUAACCGUAAUAAUGUAUUUAGUUUUUCUAAUUUUGGGAGUUCUCCAUUUGUGUCAUCAGCCCGUAAUAUCGCAACAGCCUGCGAUUCCUGUGAAUCCACCUGCGAAUCCAGUUCCGACUCCAGCUCCAGCAACAACUCCAGCUCCCACGCAGACGUUUGGUGGAAAGCCGCCUGAUAGUGUGUGGGUGGGCAAUUACACUACGAACAAACAGAGAAGGCAUAUUUUCGGCGAUUGGUUACUAAAUGGAAAUUGGAGUGACAACUUUACACCUAGUCCUACUUCCAAAACAGUUGAAUAUCCAGGCUAUGAUGGUUGGUAUAACAAUUUGGCCCGGCCAGAUUCUGGUGCAAUUGACAGACCUUUAUUAAGGAGGUGGCCAGCUGCUUAUGAAGAUGGUACCUACUUACCAUCUGGAUCUGACAGACCUAAUCCAUUGGUGCUGAGUGAUCAGUUACUUAGUGGUGCUAUUGGACAGAAAUCAAACAUUGGAAGGAAUGCCUUAUUUGUAUUCUUUGGUCAGCAAGUAGUCGAAGAGAUUUUAGAUGCUCAAAGACCUGCAUGUCCACCUGAGUACUUUAAUAUAGACAUCCCAGACAAUCACACAUAUAAAUUAGAGCAUCCAAAACAUUCAAAACUACCUCUGCUAAGAACAAGAUAUGACAUGAGGACUGGGUACAGCCCUAACAAUCCACGACAACAAUUAAACGAAAUAACACCAUACAUAGAUGGAGGUCUUCAUUAUGGCAUCACCAAACAAUGGUCAGAUCAGCUACGAACAUACGCGAAUGGAACGGUAGAUCGUAGGGGACGUUUAGCUUCCUCACAUGAUGGAUUAUUCCCAGAAUAUAACACCAAUAGACUACCGAUGGCUAACCCACCACCCCCAUUUCACCACGCUUUGUAUGUUAAGCAACAUGAAACUGCCAAAGUGGCUAGGUUUUUUAAACUGGGAAAUCCCCGAGGAAACGAAAACGCGUUCCUUCUAACUUUUGGAAUAAUGUGGUUCCGCUGGCAUAAUUAUUUGGCGGAGCGCAUAUACCAUCAUCACCCAGAUUGGUCUUCUGAAAAAAUAUUCAACGAGGCUAGAAAGUGGGUAGUAGCAACGCAACAGAGGAUUUACUUGUAUGAGUGGUUACCACAAUUGCUAAAUGAAGACAACCCUUUUGGAGACUAUGUCAGAUAUGAUGCCAGUAUAGAUCCACAAAUAGACCAGUUUUUCCAGAGUGCGGCUUUCCGAUUUGGACACACAUUGGUACUUCCAGGGGUAUAUUUAAGAGAUUACGCUAGAGAGGGUUGUAAGACUACUUUUAGUAACUGGAAGCAGAAUGCUAUAAGAACUUGUAAUAUCUUUUGGAGACCUCAAGAUCCUAUGCUUACAAAAUAUGAUGAUAACCAAUCUUUAAUUAACAUGGACAGAAUUCUUAUGGGCAUGUCUUCACAACUAUCAGAAAGGGAAGAUCAUCAGAUUGUCGAAGAUUUAAGAGGAAAUGUUUUUGGGCCUUUGGAGUUCCCCAGAAGGGAUUUGAUGGCUGUUAAUAUACAGAGAGGUAGAGAUCAUGGCCUACCUGAUUUUAACUCAGCUAGAAGAGCAUUUGGACUGAAACCGUAUACGGAUUUUAGUAAUUUUACCCAGACUAACGAUACGUUUAGAAGAAGGUUAAAAGAUCUAUAUGGCGAUAUAAAUAAAAUCGACGUAUGGGUGGGAGGUAUUAUGGAAACAACUCCUCAAGGACCUGGUGAACUGUUUAGAACAAUAAUCAAAGACCAGUUUAGAAGAAUUAGAGAUGGAGAUCGAUUUUGGUUUGAAAACGAGGAAAACGGGUUGUUUAGUUCAGAUGAGAUGGAAAGAAUAAGAAGAGUAUCAGUUUAUGACAUAAUAAUGGCGGUGACACACAUGGAUGCACAUGAUAUUCCAAAAAAUCCCUUCAAAGGACCAAUUGCUUCAGACGACCUGUUAAUAAAGUCUUGCAAGUUCACUACUACUACUACUACUAGUGGUAUAGUAUAUCAUCAUCUCUUACCAUUGAAUGUUGAACGGUUAAAUGAAAGCUGUACAAAGCCUGAUUCAUAUGAUUAUUUUUCUAACAGUGAAGCCAGUUAUAUUAUUACUUGGGCUGCAGUUGGUGCUUGUAUACCUGGUGUCAUUACAUUCGCAUACUUAUUGAUUUUGUACAAAGAAAAACAGGUUCAAAUAAAUAAUGCACAAGAAAUUAGUCAAAAACGAAAGACCAUCAAACGUGAUAGUAAUCAGGCUAACUGGCCUUUGUUUAUAGUGACCGAGUGGGUUGGACCAAAACAACCACCAAGGGAAAUCAUUCUCUCAUUCAAAGCAAGCUUGAAAAAAAUAUGUGUAACUUGUUUCAAUGGAACUACUUUGAGAGCCCUAGAUUUUUCCAACGUUGGAGCCACUCACGUUACACUUUAUUUCAUCACAGAUAGAUGCACGAUUGUUAUGAAUACAAAACACAACUACGAUUUGGUGGUUACGUUUGAAUCUGAGUUUCUACGUAAUAACUUUUUGGCGGAAUUCGAAAAACACUUCGUACAAAGUCAGAUAGUGAAAAAAGAACUAGUAAACUUAAACUGGAGCUCAGCAUUAAAAGUAAUCGUCACCAAAGAUAAUAGACAAGCAAGAUUAGAAAUGUUCUUCAGAGUAGUUUUUGCGCAGGCGUUCAAAAUUAGUCAUUCAAAAACUGAAAUACUGAAAGUUGAUGCUCACGUAGCGAAAGAAGUCAUAGACACGGAAUUGACCAUUACAGAAUUUGCAGACGCUUUGAGUAUGACACCUGCCAAUGAAUUCGUGAAAAGAAUGUUUACAUUAAUUGACAAAGACAGAAAUGGUUUUAUUUCAUUUAGGGAAUUUGUUGAUUUGAUGAUAAUCUUUGCCGACGGAACUGAAGAAGAGAAGGCCAAAUUAUUGUUUGACAUGUAUGAUAUUGAUGGUGUUGGACAUUUGAAGCAAGAAGAUUUUGUAACGAUGAUACACUCGUUCUUGGAGACUUGCGGGGGCAAAGUAGAUGACAAAGACAUUCAGAAAACUGUUAGCUCUAUGUUGAAAAAUGCAGGAGCAGAGCAUAAGCAGAAGCUAACAUUUGAAGAUUUCAAGAAAAUGAUUGGAAACGACAUAAAGAAACUAAACACAGCCAGAUUGGGUUUCAAAGGAAUCAAAGAGGCUGAUCAUUCGUAUUUAGCUAAGGCUAAGGACACAAUUGAGAAUAUUUAUGAAAGCAAGCAAGAAAUCGAAGCAAGAUUUAAGGGAGGAACUUCUUUUGAGGAGGGGAAUAGUGCUAAGAUGAUAGACGACGAUCAAGAAGUAGUUAUAAAAACUCAGCCAGUUCAAGAACAGAAAUAUGCUAUGGCUCUCAAGUUUAUCGAAUUAAAGUCAAAAGAAAUAUUUUGGAUGAGUCUCUAUACUUUGGUCUUGUUUGGUGUAUUUGCUGAACGAGCAUACUAUUAUUCUGUAGAACGAGAACAUUCAGGAUUAAGACGGAUAGCAGGGUAUGGUGUUACAGUUACGAGAGGAGCUGCAUCUGCUAUGAUGUUUACGUAUUCUUCACUGUUAGUAACGAUGUGCAGAAAUACUAUCACAUUUUUAAGAGACACCGUCGCCAAUCAAUAUUUUCCUUUCGAUGCUACUUUAGAGAUACACAAAUAUAUCGCCUAUUGGGCAUUUAUAUUUACACUUAUGCACAUCAUAGGACAUGCGUUUAACUUUUAUCACAUCUCAACACAAACGGCUGAUGACUUAACAUGCUUGUUUAGAAAUUAUUUUCAUGCGACCCACGAACUCCCUAAGUUCCAUUAUUGGUGUUGGCAGACAAUGACUGGAUUUACUGGAGUUAUCUUAACUCUAAUAUGGGUGGUAAUGUAUAGUUUCGCUCUUCCUAUUAUCAGAAGAAAGAUUUACAACUGGUUUUGGUAUGCUCAUAGUUUGUACCCGUUCUUUUUCAUAUUCCUAGUUUUGCACGGAUCUGGAAGAUUGAUUCAGCCUCCAUACUUGUAUUACUUCUUUGUGGGACCAGUUGUACUCUUCACAAUUGAUGCUACGAUCAGUCUUAGUAGAAAGAAAGUGGAAAUACCCGUUAUCAAGGCAGAAAUUUUACCUUCAAGCGUGACUAUGUUAGAAUUCAGGAAACCAGAAAACUUUCAAUAUAAAGCUGGCCAAUGGGUUAGAAUUGCUUGUAUGGCCCUUAAUAAAAACGAAUAUCAUCCCUUUACUUUAUCUUCUGCACCCGAUCAAGAUAAUUUAACAGUACACAUCAGAUCUGUAGGCCCUUGGACCAAACUUAUAAGAAGUACUUACGAGACAGCAGUAUCUGCUAGCAUGAAGCUGCCUAAGUUAUAUUUAGAUGGACCUUAUGGAGAGGGGCAUCAGGACUGGAAUACCUACGAUGUAGCUGUAUUAGUGGGUGGAGGUAUCGGUGUGACACCAUUCGCCAGUAUUCUAAAAGAUAUAGCUCAAAAAUCCAGCAAAACAAGAACACAUUGUCAAAAGGUGUACUUCAUUUGGGUAUCUAGAACUCAAAAGCAAUUUGAAUGGUUAGUGGACAUCAUCCGAGAAGUUGAAAAUAAAGAUACAAAACAGCUACUGAGUAUUCAUAUUUUCAUCACCCAAUUCUACGAAAAAUUUGAUUUAAGGACAAUAUUGUUAUACAUUUGUGAACGUCACUACCAGCGAGUAUCCAACAAGUCAUUGUUUACCAACUUAAGAGCAGUAACUCAUUUUGGAAGACCAGCAUUUGCGCAGUUCUUUAAAACUGUGCAGUAUAUACAUCCUACGUCCCAACGUGUUGGUGUAUUCAGUUGUGGACCUCCUUCUAUGACAUCAUCUGUAGACCAAGCGUGUAGCAAGAUAAAUCAACAGAGUGAAAUGAAAUUUGAACAUUUCUUUAAGAACUUUUAAUAUGCUAAUUAAUGUUUUUUUAAUUAGUUUUGAAAUAGACUAAUAAUGCAAUUGUAUCGAACAUAAUAUUUGUAGAAUGCUUAUACAUUUUUAUUGUAUAAAUUUUUAAUUAAUAAAUUACGAAUUUCUUUUUGUAGAA